AUGGCGGGAGCAAAACAGAGCACGGCGGCGACAGGUGCGGCGAGGGAGAGCUGGAGCGGGGAAGGGGAGUGCGGCGGCGUUGGCGGCACAGUUAUAGGCGAGCGGGGCGGAGCCGAGGCUGGCAGCUGGGGACCGAAGGGGAGCCAGGGCACUGCUGCGGCCAUUAAUGGCGGUGGCGCCAUUGGCGCAGAGAAGGGAGGGGUGGCGCGGCAGGCAAGGCGUGCAGGCGCGGGUGAAGUGAGCGUGCAUGGCAAUAACAGCUUUGUCGGGACGCAUCACUGGCGAGGCGGGAAGGAGCUGUCGCGGCCGGGGCAGCGGUUGGUGGAGGCGGCAGUGUCGAGGAGGGCAUCCGCGAGGGUGCGCGCUCGGGCAGGGCAGCGGGCAAGGCGUGCCUUCGGGCAAGGCGGAGCUGCUGGGAGCAGGGUGGGGGAUCGUGGCGCUUCACUGGCGGCAUGGUGCGCGAGGCGUCGUCCUACCAUAGCCGGAGACCAGGCGGAGGUGCUGCAUCAGUGA